AUGGCGUCUUCCUCCUCGGGUGCCUCUUCCGUCUUUGACCCUCCCGAAGCCACAUCCUCCAUCAGCUCCACCAUGGGUAACGACAACGAUAGAAGAGCAACGUCCCUAGACAACAUCUCAACUGCUCCCGAGAAACCUCCAGAUGACUCAUCCAAGCUGAAAACUUUCCUGGCGAUUCUAAGACAGUUCAUUGGUGUGUCAGAUAUUGCUACUGUCCGUUUUUCACUGCCGGCUCAGCUGCUUGAACCAACUCCAAAUCUGGAGUACUGGAAUUACCUUGAUCGACCGGAAACAUUCGUCAGCAUCGGGAAAUCUGAUGACCACCUUGGUCGGAUGCUGGAAGUCUUGCGGUUUUGGUUUACAAAGGAUCUCAAAUACAUCAAAGGCAAACCUUGCAAACCAUACAACUCCGCCUUGGGCGAAUUUUUCCGGUGUAACUGGGAAAUAGAAGAUACGGAACGCCCAAUCACACCUUCAGCACCCAACGGCGGCACUACUACCAGCACUGUCACCGCUAAUGACAAUGCAGAGCAAGUGAAAAUCUCCUAUUUAACCGAACAAACCUCACAUCACCCUCCGGUGUCUGCCUUCUAUGUAGACUGCCCUCAACGAGGCAUCACCGCCCGCGGUUUCGAUCAGAUCAGCGCCAAGUUCACCGGCACUAGCAUCCGCGUAACUCCUGGUCAACACAACUUAGGCAUAUUCGUGACACUGCGGGAUCGAGACAAUGAAGAAUAUCAACUCACACAUCCUGCAGCACAUCUGGGCGGUCUGCUCCGUGGUUCGUUGUCCAUCACAGUCGCAGAUACCUGUUAUAUCACCUGUGCCAAGACACGAAUAAAAGCCAUCCUUCAGUACCUCGAUGAGGGUUGGUUAGGGAAAGCACAGAAUAGAGUCUCUGGCGUUAUCUUCCGCUACGAUCCAGAAAAUGACAACAAGAUCAGGAUCAAAGAUGUACCUGAGGCGGAUAUCCUGGCACGAAUCGACGGCUGCUGGCAUGAGAAGAUCUAUUACACUCUAUUCACCGCGGAAGACAACGGACCUAAAGGAAAUGAGAAGAACGAGGGCAAAAGCAAAGAAAGGGGAAAAGAAAAGGACAAACGCCUGCUCCUAAUUGACAUUGCCCCUCUCUUCCCCAUCUCUAAAGUCGUCCCGCCAGCAGACCAACAGCUACCCAAUGAAUCGCGCAAGUUCUGGUCUAGAGUCACCGCCGCCAUCGGCGAGAAGAAGUACAGCCUCGCUACAAAGCUGAAGCAGGAGCUCGAGGAGAAUCAGAGGCAGCUGGCUGCUGCAAGGAAGGAGAUGAAUGAGGAGUGGAAGCCCCGGUUUUUCACUGUGCCUGUUGCAUCGUCUGGUAAACCGGAGCUGACGGAGGAAGGGGAGAGGGUGCUGAAGGGCUUGCAUGAGGGGGAUUUCAGGCUUGAGGGGAGUGGUGGGGUCGAUGCAUAG